UGCAGUUUUAUUUCUUUCUGCGGAUUCAGCCGGGGAUAUUCUCCAGAAUCUGUGACAAACUAUGAGAAGGAGUUACACUUAAAGGGCAAUGGAUGUACUCUUUGGGGCGGAAGACACGAAUGCAUCUACGCACCCUGCUGCAAACAAGUCACACGUUGCGGAUGAGAAGGGGGCGAUUGCAUUGCCCGUUUUCAUGUUUUCUGGCGGGGCAAUUGGAAAUAUCAUCGCAAUAGUCGUUCUCUCAGUAUCAAGGCAAGAGCGAAAAUCGUCCGCUUUUUACACGUUGGUGUGCGGGCUGGCUGUUACCGAUCUACUCGGAACUUGCCUUGCCAGUCCAGUCGCUAUAGCCAAUUACCUUGACCAGCAUGUGCUGAAAGACAGACACCUGUGCGAGUUUCUAUCCUUUGUGCUGCUCUUCUUCGGGUCGACGGGACUGAGCAUCAUAUGCUCCAUGUCUGCCGAGCGAUAUUUGGCCAUCUGCUGCCCGUACACUUAUCAGAGAUGGGGGGUCGACCGACGUUUUGCGCAGAGGUUUCUGUUUACUAUUUAUAUCACCAAUAUCAUUUUCUGCUGCCUCCCCGUGAUGGGGAUGGCCAAGAGUGAACUGCAGCAAUCCCGCACCUGGUGUUUCGUGGACUGGAGGACGCACGACCCCGUUCCCGCCGCGUAUUCUCUCUCGUACGCCAGCAUCAGCGUGGUGCUGAUCCUGGUCACCGUCGUGUUCAACUGUGCCGUCUGCGUAGCGCUGCUGAUCAUGCGUCAGAGAACCGUCCAGCGGCCAGCGGCGAGAGCUAGCGUCAGGGAGCGCUGGAGGGCGCUGUCCUCCGCCGCGGAGAGCCAGAUGAUCGCCGUACUCGUCACGACGUCCGUGGUGGUGUUGGCGUGCUCGGCUCCGCUAGUGGUGCGUGUAUUUGCCAAUCAGAUAAUGUCUAAAUAUGAUUACAAAGCUGAUCUGGCGGCCAUCCGGAUAGCCUCUGUUAACCCCAUCCUCGACCCGUGGAUAUAUAUCCUCCUGCGGAGAUCACUGCUUCGGCGAAUAUUGACUUUACCCAAAAGAGUAGGGAAAAGAAACUCACCUCCCUUGGCUCAGAUCAGUCUGUUUUAUCCUGCCAUCAGGUGAGACAGCCACAUGUUCACGCAGUUCCUGUGCAACACCAGCGUCCUGACACAGGUACCAGCCACGGUCCCAUUCACACCCUGCCACACAGACAGUCUGCAGCACACCAAACACUCUGACAAAUUAGGGACCUCCAAUGGAGACAUUGUGACACUAUAAAUUAACGUUCAUGAAGUCGAUAAUGUCUGGACUUUCUGUACCAGAUCAAACGUUUCAAUGCUGCUCACAUGGGUUGA